AUGACUUCCAACAGGCAGUAUGAUCUGAUUUUGCUGGGUCCAACUGGCUAUACUGGCCGACUUUGCGCAGAGCACAUUGUGCAGAACCUUCCUACCGAUCUCAAAUGGGCUAUCGCAGGUCGUUCCGCGCAAAAAAUCGAGGCUAUUGCCCAGGAACUGAAGGCUCUUAACCCAGAUCGUCUGCACCCAGAUGUCCUGGUCGUUCAACUGAAGUCCACUGAGCUCAACGAGCUUGUUCAGAAAACGCGGCUGGUUAUCAAUUGUGUGGGUCCCUACCACCUGUACUCAACCCCAGUCGUGGAGGCAUCCGCUGUCAAUGGAACUCACUAUGUGGAUGCUACCGGAGAAACACCCUGGGUCAAGUCGAUCAUCGAGAAGUACCAUGAAACUGCCAAGGUUAAUGGCGCUAUUAUGAUCCCUUGUUCUGGAGUUGAGAGCGUCCCUGCUGAUAUCCUGGCCUGGGCUCUGGUUAAGCGAGUCCGAGAGGACCUUUCAUCUCCAACCCGUCAGAUCGACAGCACCAUCAAGGAAAUGAAAUCCUCCGGUGCCAGCGGUGGGACCAUAAGUACCAUUCUAACCACCUUCGAAGCAUUUUCAAUGUCCGACCUAUCCAAGUCAAUGACUCCUUUCUCGUUGGCCGCAUCCCCACCACCCAAGAAAGUUCCUGGUGAAUCAAUCCUGGAAAAGCUGCUCGGUGCACGCUCAAUUCGCGACUUGGGUACCGUGACGACCUCCCCAUCCGGCAUCUGCGAUAUGACCAUCGUGCACCGCAGCAGCAGCCUGAUGCCAGAGCUGUACGGGCCGCAUUUCUUCUUCCAUCAGUUCCUGUCGGUCCGUAACGCGCUAAUUGGUGUUGCUAUCCAUAUCGGCUUCCUGAUUGCAGUUUCGCUGCUUGCGCUGCCGCCGGUGCGCUGGCUGGUGCGGAAGUUCGUCUUUGCCCCUGGCUCUGGCCCGACCAAAGAAGAUUCGGCAAAUGAUCUUCUCGAGUACCAUGCCAUUGCUACUGCAGAUAAUCCUUCAGCACAGCGUGUCUUUGGUAAGAUAACUUACCACGGCGGUAUGUAUCCCUUUACUGGGCUGUUGCUGGCUGAGGCAGCUAUGGUCAUUCUUAAUGACGAGGAGAAGAUCAGAAAGGUCUCGCGUGGUGGCAUUGUUACUCCUGCCACGCUGGGUCAGGACUACGUAGACCGCUUAGAGAAGGUCGGCUGCAAAAUCGAGACAAAGGUGUUUCAGUACUAA